AUUAAACUCAAAACCACAUACCCCAUCAAAAAAUGGUUCUGCUUCCUCACCAAAUAGUAGCUUGCUUUUAUGUCUGUGGACUAAUAAUACUGACAUUAGCCACGGCCCAAACUACUACUAUUAAUACCACCAAAUUAAUGCCGACAUACACCAUCACUAAAGCUGCCAAUAUAACAAAACGAGGAUGCCGUAAGCAGUGUGGGAACCUUACGGUUCCAUACCCAUUUGGUAUUGGUUUAGGUUCCGGUUGCGCCUUUGAUUCAGGGUUCGAGAUCAACUGCGACAUUUCUAGUGAUGGUUCACAGAAACCUCUCAUAGGAAACAUUGAAGUGUACGACAUCUCCGAUGCUGAAGUGCGCAUCAUCAGUGCUGUCGCUCGGAGAUGUUAUACACCCACCGGAGCUAUGGUCGAAAAAGGUUUCGGGUAUACAAGAUUACCACAAUCAGGUCCGUAUAGUUUCUCGGCGAUGAACAGGUUUAGCGUCGUUGGUUGCGGCGACGCUGCUCUCAUAACGGGACAUAACUUUGAGUAUGGCUGCAGAGCCAGCUGUAACAGUCGAGGGGAUGUGAGGGAAGGAGAAUGCAUGGGCAUAGGCUGCUGUCAAAUACAGAUACCUAAGGGCUUGAAAUACUAUAACAUAAACAUGUUUACCACAAGAAACCAUAGCGAUGUUUGGUAUUUUAAUCAAUGUGGGUAUGCAUUUGUGGGCGAGGCAGAUCGCUUCCGUUUCCGAGGCGUACAGGAUCUAAGUGUUGCUAAUUUUGGAACGAGGAUUAGGGCCAGUUUGCCAAUCGUGCUCGAUUGGGCCAUCGGAAGUGUUACAUGCAUUGAUGCUAAGAAAAGAGAUGAUUAUGCUUGCAGAAGGAAUAGCAAGUGUGUUGAUUCAGACACUGGUCUUGGUGGCUACCACUGCAGCUGUAAUGAAGGUUAUGANCCCUUCCCCCCACACACACACCCAAAAAAAAGAAAAAUUGGAAAAAAAAAUCCUUCUUAG